AUGUCAAAAGAGGAAAGCAGAUCUGACGGACACCUACUCCUGGGUAAGUUCAAGUUAUCCGCAAUCCACGUCAGCAGUUGGGGUGUCUCUACUGCAUCUGAGGUAGACAGACACUCUGAAGGAGGAGAAGGCAUGGCAGAAGUGAGUGCUUCAUCCAAUGAGGGACCCGACGAUGGUUCAUGCAAACCCGGAGGAGUAGCAGUCGCUUGGGGAGGAGAGGCAGAGGCUACUGCUCAAACAACUGAGUCCAAGGCGAAAGGCUGGGAACCAGCAUUGUCUCUUGAAGGAUCCCAACCAAAGGCAGAGGCUACUGCUCAAACAACUGAGUCCAAGGCGAAAGGCUGGGAACCAGCACUGUCUCUAGAAGGAUCCCAACCUAAGGCAGAGGCUACUGCUCAAAUAAUUGAGUCAAAGUCGAAAGGCUGGGAAUCAGCACUGUCUAUAGAAGGAUCCCAACCUAAGGCAGAGGCUACUGCUCAAACAAUUGAGUCAAAGUCGAAAGGCUGGGAACCAGCACUGUCUCUAGAAGGAUCCCAACCUAAGGCAGAGGCUACUGCUCAAACAGCUGAGUCAAAGGCGAAAGGCUGGGAACCAGCACUGUCUCUAGAAGGAUCCCAACCUAACGCAGAGGCUACUGCUCAAACAACUGAGUCCAAGGCGAAAGGCUUGGAACCAGCACUGUCUCUAGAAGGAUCCCAACCUAAGGCAGAGGCUACUGCUCAAACCAUUGAGUCAAAGGCGAAAGGCUGGGAACCAGCACUGUCUCUAGAAGGAUCCCGACCUAAGGCAGAGGCUACUGCUCAAACAACUGAGUCCAGGUCGAAAGGCUGGGAACCAGCACUGUCUUUAGAAGGAUCCCAAGAAACCAGACUAAUCGGACGGGAGGCUGUAGACUAA